AUGAUUUAUGAUCUGAUCAUUGUUGGAGCCGGUCUAACUGGUCUUUGCGCUGCUCGAACUUUAUUAAAAACUGGUCAUGAAAAUAUUAGUUUUAAAAUAUUAGAAGCGCGAGAUCGUGUGGGUGGUCGCACACAAAAUCAACAUUUUCAACUGGGUUCCCACUCUACAGUAGUUGACAUCGGUGGCCAAUGGAUCGGACCAUCACAGAAUAAUGUACUAAACCUAAUUCAAGAAUUGGAAGGACUUGAACUAGUGGAACAAACAUGGGUGACGAAAAAAAGUGGAGCUGGAGAGCCGGGACUCUAUGAAGUAUUGAGAAGAAAACCAUUAACGUUGGAAGAAAAUCAAGAAGUAAUUGAGAUAAAUAGAAGAUUAGAGCAAAUGGCAUUGUUAUUAACGGUGGAAGAACCAUUUAAAUGUGAGCAAGCAAAUAAAUGGGAUCUGAUAUCCAUUGGAGAAUAUUUCAGACAAAAUGUGAAAUAUGAAAAUGCGAGACAAGAAUUAGAACUGGAAGUAGUUUCAUUGACAGCUUGUAGUGCCGACAAAUUAUCGUUAUUAUAUUGGCUAAUAUUUCUUAGAUCGAUUCCUGGCGGCUAUACGAGUUUAGAUGAUGGAGUGAAUGGUGCUCAACAUUACAAAUUAACAACUGGAGCACAAAAUAUUUCUGUUUUGUUAGCUCAGCAGUUAGCUAGAAAAUAUGGACAAGAUUGCAUUGAAUAUGAACAACCUGUUCAAACUGUUAACUACGAAGAAGACACAGUUAUCAGAGUAAUAACUGCAAAUCGAGAGUAUUCGUGUCGACGUCUAUUAUUAGCGUUUGCACAUACACUUCUUUUGCAAAUUCAGUUUUCACCAAAAUUGCCAAAAAUAUAUCAAGAAUUAAGUUCAUCAAUGAUCAUGGGUCAAUGUAUAAAAACAAUCUUUAUUUACAAUCAAGCCUUUUGGAGAAUAAACAACGUAACUAAUGAAGAAUUAAGUAGUGAACAAGCCCUAGAAGGUCCUUGCUAUAACCUGUUCGAAGCUCCCCUUCACAAUGACACUCAUCAUGCAUUAAUUGGUCUUAUUGUUGGCGAUUUAGCUUCCAAAUGGAGUAAACGACCUGAAGAAGAUUUAAUUCAAGCAAUUACAACACAAUAUCAACGAUUGUAUAGCUGUCCUGAUGCAAUUCCAAUUAAAACUUGUAUUCAAUACUGGCCAAAUGAAAUAUAUAGUGGCGGAUGUUAUGCAGGAACAUUUCCACCCAAAGUCUUGACAAAAUAUCAUCAUUUACUGAGAAAACCGAUAAUAGAUGAACGAAUUUGGUGUGCAAGUACGGAGACAGCUUUACAAUGGAUCGGCUAUAUGGAAGGAGCGAUACAAGCGGGCGAAGCAAUAUAUAAACAAAUUAGUCAGACUAUUAGAUAA